AUGUUCCCAGAUACAGCGGCCCUACCGUCCCCUCCGGAUUUCGCGCCAUGGGACAAUACCAAUCCUCGCUCCGAGCCUCAUGGCGGCGUCUACUCAGGCAGCAGGCAAAAUGGCGGCACAGGAUCCUAUCAGAAUAGUAGCCGUGCAUCUCCCAUCGGGUCACGACGUCCUCGAUUUCCGAAUAUCAAAGACCUCCAAGACCAGGCCGCCGCUUUAGAUGUUAGCGAAACGUCGUCCCUCGAUGAGUUGCUGGGCAAGGCACGAGAGGCCAUCGGCAAAGCGAGAGACUAUGCCGACAAUGACGAACCCGAUAAAGCCUACGUCCAGUACCUUCGUGCGUCCGAGAUCACCAUCAAUGUUAUCCCCCACCAUCCCGACUACCGCACCACCGUUACGCAACGUCCUUCAUGGUAUAAGCAGUUUGCAGACUUGAUGAUGGGGAAUAGUACGCGCGGCCGUACGAAUGAACCUGGAGACAGUCAAAUCCGGAUGCCCAGUCCAUCUCAAUUCCAAGCUGCACCCAGUCUUCAAUCAAAUCCCAGCCGACAUUCAACUCCUGCAGAUGAGCUGGCUCAACGGUUUGCUAAGUUGAAGGCAUCCCCUCCUUCAGAUGUGCCGACUUCAUUCGCUGCUGGUCCAAACGGGAUAACUCCAACAUCAACACCAAGCGAUCCGCAUUCCCGAUCAUCCUCUGCCAUUCAUCAAACGUUACCGAGUUCAAACCUUAGCUCUCCAUCGCGACGACCCCUUGGUCCUCGUAGCAUGGGGUCAUCCACUAGUGUCCCUGGAGUACCGCCAAAGAUUCCCCUCAAUACUUCGCUGCCGCGUGCACCGGAUCCUACAUAUAGUCCUAUAUUCACAGUACCAUCUCAACCUCCAUCAAACCCUCCAAGGACGUCGACAGAGAGUUCGCGUCCCGUCAAUCCCCGAUACUCGCAUCUCGCAAACUCCCCUCGUGGGUCUCCUCAUGGAAGCCCUGUUCGGAACGGAUUUGACGAUAAUCCUUAUCGGUCACGAACCCCAAAUGGCGUACAUUCGGUCAGAGAACCUCGAAGCAAUACUGCAGAUCUGCCACACAGCCACACCGUGACCGCCCACGAUUUGCUAGAAUACCUUCGAAGAUACAAUGUACUGUUGAUCGACGUGCGUUCUCGAGAUCAGUUUGAUCAUGGCCAUGUCUACGCUAAGUCCAUCAUCUGUAUCGAACCGGUGGCAUUGAAGGAAAAUGUGUCUGCGGAGGAGCUUGAAGAACGCCUGGUCGUAUCGCCCGAACAUGAACAGUCUUUGUUCGAGCGGCGCAACGAGUUUGACCUGAUAGUUUAUUAUGACCAGACCACCGACUCUGUCAGCUACCUCGCGGGUUCCCCUGUCGGAACGACCGCGCCACAUCUUCGGGCCCUCCAUGAUACGCUUUAUGAGUUCAACGCGUACAAACCCUUAAAGGAUGGAAGACCUCCGGCGCUUCUUCUUGGGGGGCUUGACGCGUGGAUUGACCUCCUCGGUCAGCAGUCCCUUGCUACGUCGUCCACGGCAGCUGUGAUGGGCUCCAUCCAAAACAAACGGCCCGUCAUGCGGCCAGGACGACCCCUGGGACGUGUUCCGACUAUGGUCAGUGCUAACUCUAGCUUGGAGGUGCGGAAACGGCGGUUGCGUGAGUAUCGGCCAUUGAACCCCGAGGAACUCACAGCCUGGAUGGAAAAGUCCCGAAAUGAGGAAAUUGACACCAGCACAUACAUUGGCGAGGGAGAGUUAACAGAGGAGCCGGAAGAAGAAACUGGGGAAGAAGCGCCUCCUAUUUCGCCAUUCGUACAUACGUAUGAGGAUUUCCUACGCCGCUUCCCGGAACCACAUGCUAUCCAACAGUCCAUGGUGACACCACUUGCUCGACCACCGGUACCACCAGUACCUAACUACGCUGCACCCGUGCCCGUCGCUCCAUCACGGCCUCCGCCUGCCGUCCCACGUCCGAGCUACAGUGGGGUCACUGAUGGCCGGCAGAUUCAGCCUCCUCUGGAGCGCCAAAACUCGGCCACGAAAACUGCGCUAUACACCCCAAGUUCCAUGUUGAGUCGACUCAAACUUCCGCGCACGGGGUUGGCCAAUUUUGGGGUCACCUGCUACAUGAACUCCACCAUCCAAUGUCUGAGUGCGACGGUCAUGCUGAGCAAGUUUUUUAUUGAUAACCGCUUUCGAUACUACGUGCAAAAGAACUGGAAGGGGUCACAAGGCGUCAUGCCAGGACUGUUCGCCAAUUUGAUCCGGUCCUUGUGGAAGAAUGACGUGGAAGUCAUCAUGCCGACUUCAUUUCGGAAUUUCUGUGGACGACUGAACCAAGAAUGGGCCAUUGACCGCCAGCAGGAUGCCAAGGAAUUUUUCGAUUUUGUUGUUGAUUGUCUCCACGAAGACCUCAACAUCAAUUGGCAGCGGAACCCGCUGCGGCCGCUGACAUUUGAGGAAGAGAUGCAGCGCGAAAAGAUGCCGGUAGCCAAGGUGUCGCGGAUCGAAUGGGACCGGUAUUGCCAUCGCGAGGAAUCUUUCAUUUCGUCGCUCUUUGCCGGCCAGCACGCUAGUCGGCUCCGUUGCACCACCUGCAAGCGGACAUCCACCACAUACGAGGCAUUCUACAGCAUCAGCGUCGAGAUUCCGCCAUCGGGCACGGGCGAUAUUUAUCAGUGCCUCCGCAGCUACUGUCAAGAGGAGAUGCUGAGCGGCGACGAGGUGUGGAAAUGCCCGUACUGCAAGUGCGAACGGGUGGCGACCAAGCAAAUCAUUAUCACGCGUGCACCGCAGAUCCUGGUAGUCCAUUUCAAGCGCUUUUCGGCGUCCAAGACACAAAGCGCCCGCAAGAUCCAUACGCCCAUUGACUUCCCGCUCCAUGGGCUUCGGAUGGAUGAUUUUGUGUUUGCAUCUGCGCCGCCGGUGUCCAAUGACGCGAAUGCCGCGGUGCGGCAGGACAUGUCGCCGACGGCACCGCCCUUCACCUACGAUGCGUAUGGGGUGCUGCGACAUAUCGGAUCGUCGAUGGGAAGCGGACACUACAUCUCGCUGGUUCGGGAUGCACAGCGCCAAUGUUGGCGCAAGUUCGAUGACGACCGGUCGUCGGAUUUCAACCCGCGAGACCUCCGGUACAAGGACCGGUUGCAGAACGAACAAGCAUAUAUUGUAUUUUACGAGCGGGUGCCCGCGAAGUAG